AGGCUCACCAAUGUGAAAAAUGAGCAACUCCGCCACCCACCUAUUGUCAAAGCAUCUGAUUCUUUAGUCAUUGCGCUGCGUCUCCAAUUAAAGCAGCACUUAGCUCCACGAUGAUCCAAAGCGCCACUUCCUUAACCUCACACUUCCAACUCUCACUCGCCCCUCGCGCGUCCCGUCAAAGCAGCACUCUCUCCCUCUUCCCAACUUCUACUCUUUCUCUCUCCAAAACCGCCAUGUCCUCCGCUACUCUCCGAUCAUCUUCUCCAACCAGCCACCAACCACUCGACGUCACUGAACUCAACGACGAGUCCGACUUCGAAUCUCUUCUCUCUCCCAACGGUUACAUCUCCAUCUGCGGCUUCGGCUCUCUCCUCUCCGAGAGAAGCGCCCGAAGCACUUUCCCCGAUUUGGCGAAUUUCAGAAUUGCUCGGUUGAACCGGUUUCGACGCGUCUUCGCUCACGUCACUCCGGUUUUCUUCGAGCGCGGCAUUGCCAAGCCCGAAACCAUGGAGAUUUCGUGCUUAAGUGUGGAGCCAUGUGAAGGGGAAACUCUUGUAGUAACGGUCUUUGAGAUUAGAAAAUCAGAGAUUCCAGAUUUUAUCAAGAGGGAGGUUGAGUUUCGCUUUCUUGCCGUUCUUCCUGAAACGCUUGAUGGCAAGCCUUUUGACUUUCCAGCGGUCCUUUGUGCCCGUUACAGUGACGAGGAAUUUUUCAACAUUAGAUGUAAAGGAAACAAGGAAAUCUACUUUCAGCAAUAUGGACGAUGGAAUAUAGAUAAAAUUUGGAGAGAUGAUGUGUUACCUUGCCGUGUUUAUCUUCGACACUGUGUACUGGCAGCAAAGAAUCUUGGCGAAACAGCCUAUAACAACUUUCUAGAUCACACUUAUCUUGCUGACCGUAAAACCACCAUUCGGGAGUACAUGGCAACAUCAGGUUCUGGCAUCAUGGAAGAGCAACCCCCUGAAUCCCUCAAGUACCGCUAUGGUGGUUGAUAAUUCCAAAUGGCAAAUGGAUUGAACGGCUUGAUUCAUCAGUAGAAAAACCGAACAUACUUAAAUCAUUCAUUAACGCCAUUCAUUCUUCCGAUUUGCUCCAUGUCAAGCCUAAGAAAUACAAUUCACCUGAGCAUGUGAAAGAACUUUGUUUUUGAAAAAGAGCAAUCACAUUAUUUUUUACCUGUUUGGGAAUAUAACAUUAUCAGUGCCCCAAUAAUGUGUUUCAUGUAGAUAUAGAUACAGAAACAAAAUCUAGUCUUUUGUCUUUGGACGAACCCAACUCCGUAUCCCACCAAUGCCUGUUACUGUCAAGACUACAGGGUUCCCCCUACAUAUUGUAUGCUAUGGGAUUGUAUUCAGAUCUAUAUGAAAUUAUGGUUCCUUCU